CACAAAGGGAGAGAGAGGAGACCAGAGUGUGUGAAAGUGAAGCGCUUGUUUUUGGAGACCACGCACGCCGCAGACCAUCACACGCACUAUCCGCUGCUGCGUCUAGCAUGACUUCUGCAGCAUCCCUGGAUUAAAAUCGCACUCGCAGCCGACUUGCUUCAGAGCAAGUUCGCUGGCACUUUUGUCGAGGAACGUGAAAAACGCGCACGGGAAACAACGACAUGGAGAGGCGCAUUCCGGGGUGGUGCGCGCUGGUAGCCCUCGUCCUGCACGGCACGGGCUGCAUGGCGGCCAAGGAGCUCCAGUGCCAGGAGAUCUCCGUGCCUCUGUGCAAAGGAAUCGGCUACAACUACACCUACAUGCCCAACCAGUUCAACCACGACACGCAGGACGAAGCCGGCCUGGAGGUGCACCAGUUUUGGCCGCUGGUUGAGAUCAAGUGCUCCCCGGACUUGCGCUUCUUCCUCUGCAGCAUGUACACGCCGAUCUGCCUGGAGGACUACAAGAAGCCGCUGCCGCCGUGCAGGAGCGUGUGUGAGCGGGCCAAAGCUGGCUGCGCUCCGCUCAUGAGGCAGUACGGGUUCCCGUGGCCGGACCGGAUGAGGUGCGACCUGCUGCCCGAGCAAGGCCACCAGGACACGCUGUGCAUGGACUACAACCGGAGUCAGACCACCACGGCUUCUCCCGUGGUGGCGAAGCCGACCAACAGACCCCUGAAGCCGUACAACCCCAGGAAGAAGAGCUACGGUCCCGGGAAGCACAAACCGGCGGCGUCUCCGUGUGAGCCGGGAUGCUUCUGCCGCGCGCCCAUGGUGCGGGUGACCGGCGACGGCCACCCGCUGCACAACCGCGUCAAUACGGGACAGAUCCCGAACUGCGCCAUGCCGUGCCACAACCCUUACUUCACCCCGGAGGAGAGGACUUUCACCGCCUUCUGGAUCGGCCUGUGGUCCGUCCUGUGUUUCAUCUCCACCUUCGCGACCGUGGCGACUUUUUUAAUCGACAUGGAGAGGUUCAAGUACCCGGAGCGGCCCAUCAUCUUCCUCUCCGCCUGCUACAUGUUCGUGUCCGUUGGAUACAUUGUCAGGCUGAUCGCCGGUCACGAGGAAGUGGCUUGCAACCGGGAGAACGGCGCAGAGCACAUCCACUAUGAGACCACGGGUCCCGCGCUCUGCACCAUCGUGUUCCUGCUCAUCUACUUCUUCGGCAUGGCCAGCUCCAUCUGGUGGGUGAUACUGUCCCUCACUUGGUUUCUCGCCGCCGGCAUGAAGUGGGGGAACGAGGCCAUCGCCAGUUACGCACAGUACUUUCAUUUGGCCGCCUGGCUCAUCCCCAGCAUGAAGUCCAUAGCAGUUCUGGCUUUGAGCUCUGUGGACGGGGACUCCGUGGCUGGGAUCUGCUACGUGGGCAACCAGAAUUUGGAUAACCUGCGAGGUUUCGUGCUGGCACCGCUGGUCAUCUACCUGUUCAUCGGCACCAUGUUUCUGCUCGCCGGGUUCGUCUCCCUGUUUCGGAUCAGGAGUGUAAUCAAGCAAGGGGGCACCAAGACCGACAAACUGGAGAGGCUGAUGAUCCGGAUCGGAGUUUUCACAGUUUUGUACACCGUCCCGGCCACCGUCAUAGUGGCGUGUUACUUUUACGAGCAGCAUAACAGACAGACGUGGGAAAUUACGCACAACUGCAAAUGCAUGACGGACCCGAGCAGGCAACGGCCGGACUACGCCGUGUUCAUGCUGAAGUACUUCAUGUGCCUCCUGGUAGGCAUCACGUCGGGGGCCUGGAUCUGGUCCGGGAAAACCCUGGACUCCUGGAGGACUUUUUGCACGCGCUGCUGCUGGGGGAGUAAAGCCUCCGCGGGCUCCAUGUACAGUGACGUGAGCACGGGGCUGACCUGGAGGUCCGGGACGGCCAGCUCCGUCUCCUGCCCCAAACAGAUGCCACUGUCCCGGGUUUGAACGGGGUGGUUGGUUCAAAUGCAUCUUAUGUCAUUUGACACUAAAGACUUCAAACCAGCGCAUAUCAGCUCUUUCUGGGGGACAACGUGGCGAACAGAUGACGUAUUAUUUGGUAAAUUAUUCAAAGCCAGCCAAACUGCCAGUUUAAAUACAACUUUGGUCACGAGCACUCCCCCUAAUGUGAACUUUUUUUUUUUUUAAACAAUUGUGGUCUCUUGUGCUUCAUUGUGCUUAUAAGAGUUAUAUAAGAUCAGUUUGGACUUAAAGGACAGCGCUCUUUCCUCGCCUUAUCCAGAUGACG